UGAGUGUGGAAGGAGGGAGGGCAGAAGGGAGGGAGGAGGGUUCGCCAACAGCCCCAACUUUGAAUGUAUGCGGCCGGGGCCGAGCCGGGCCAGUGUGCCGCUGGGUCCGCCCGCACUGUUUUCUUCUGCUUUCUCUGCAUCCUCCCACUCGAGCGGCGGCACAACAACGCCUCGCUGUUCGGUCGCUAAUCCGCUUUUUUUUUGGUUCCCGAAAAAAAAAAGAAAGAAAAAAAGAAGAGAGAAUCCCCGGCCGAUUCUGCGACUCCAUUGGGGGAAAAAAGAAAGGCUGGAAGUGAGCAGGCAACUACAUGGACUACUAGACCGAACAUGAAGAGCCUUAAAGCCAAGUUCAGGAAAACUGAUGUCAACGAGUGGAACAAAAACGACGAGCGCUUGCUUGCUGCAGUGGAACAUGGCGAGGCGGAGAAGGUGGCAUCCCUUCUCACCAAGAAAGGCGCCAGCCCUGUCAAACUGGACAGCGAAGGCAAAUCAGCUCUUCAUGUAGCAGCAUCACGUGGCAUCACCGAUUGCCUAGCUGCCCUCCUCUCCCAUGGCGCAGACCCAACAGUGGCUGAUGCUGCAGGUUUGAACCCGUUACACCUAGCAGCCAAGAACAAUCACGCUGAAUGCUGCAAAAAGCUUAUUCAGAGCAAAUGUCCCGUUGAUGCAGUGGACGCCUCCGGAAGGAGCGCUUUGCAUCAUGCUGCGCUUGGUGGGAAGCUCCAGACUGUCCAAUUUCUGUGUGAAACGAAAACUGCUAUCAACCUCAAAGACGCCGACGGGCGCACCCCUUUGCUCCUGGGAGCCAAAAACGGCCACGCCGAAGUGUGCAUCACUUUGCUAGACUGCGGCGCUGAACUCAGCACUUCUGACAACAGUGGCAGGACGGCGUUAAUGCUCGCAGCAGAGUCCAAUGCGGUGGCUGUCGUCGAAGUUCUGGUCCACAGGGGGGCGCACCUGUCCGCCGUGGAUUUGCACGGCCACGAUGUCCUGCACUACGCCAAAUUGUCCACCAACUGUGAGGUCAAAGCUGCGCUCACUGCUGCUUUGACCAGGCAGCUCCCUGAUCCCAAGUCUCCCAGAAGUCCCACGCAUGAUCAAGUAGCUAAGCUAAGUGAUGAAAGGAUCACAACUCCCAAAAAACGAAAAGCACCUCCACCUCCUAUUAGCCCACUGCAGAAGUCCGGAACAUCAUCUCCUUCAGUUUCUGGGACCCCAUCAUCCAACAAAAGUGACACUCCAAAGGGAUUCAACUACAAGGACGAUGAAGUCCGAGAGGACUUCGAGAGGCUGCGCAACAACCAGAGAACCAUGCUGCCGGAGACAAUGGACGACUCGAGGGACGACGAUGAAGUGGAACCAAAGGUCCCGCCCGGUGUUACGGUACCCGCCGCUCUUGUUUCAGCCCUUCAAGCUAAGAUUACUGCUCUUACUCUGGAAAACCAGCAACUGGCCAGCAAUUUAAAGAAACAUCCAUCUCUCCAAGCAAACAAGGACCUGAAAGAAACCAGCCGUCCCGGCAGCAUGACCUCUAACUCCUCCUUCCAUUCCACACAGGAUGACUUAGAGCUAGCAGCAGCUGUACCUUCCACCGCCCACGCACCGCGGGAGGACGGAAUCAGGGAGGAAGGGAUAAGCGGGAGCCAAGAGGAGACUCGACUGUUACGACAGGCACUCGAGAACGUCCAGCUGAAACUGCUGGAAACCAGAAAAGAGAACCGCUCGCUUCAGGCUCUGGUGAAACCUGAGAAGAGCACAGAAAUGGGCCAGGGAGAGGAGGGACUCGUGAGAGGGAAAAGAAAAGAGGAAGAGUUGAUUGAGAGUCUGGCGGAGCUGCAAGCAAAGCUGACAGACACCCAGGAGAGAUACCAUCAAGCUGUGGAGGAGGUGGAAGAGUUGAGAGUGCAGAUGGUAGGAAAGGUGGCCGACCAGCGACGAGCGUCUGCGCUUGAGCAGGAAGUUAACCAGCUGAAGGCGCAGCUCGUCCAGACGGGCUGCGAGCACGAGAACGCGGCUCAAAGAUUGAGACAGCUGGAGGAGGCGCUGUUGUUGGCCGAAGAGGAGAGAGCCAGCGCCAAAGAGAAAGAGGGGAGGAUGGCAAAGAUGGAGGAGCUGUACAAGGAGGCGCAGGAGGAGAUUAGGAUGCUCCAGGAGGCUCUGAGGGGCACCGUUCCUGUGGAUGCUGCGGCCAAAGAUUUUGAGGAAAUGAAGUCUGAGCUCAACGAGGUCAUAUGCGGACUCCAGCGUCGCCUGCUGGAGUUGUCGCACUCCUACAGCGAGACCCGGGCUCAGCUCGGUGCCACGCAGAAGCAGCUGGCCGAGAGCAACCGGGCGCCGUCUCCGCCUUUGGAGGAAAUGCAGCUGGAGAUGCAGAACCGACUGGAGGAGAUGCAAACGCUGCUCCUCGACACGGAAAAAAAGUACUCUGCAGCGCUGGAGGAGAUCUCGCAGCUGAGGCAGGAAGCGGAGGUUCAGGCGCAGAGUUCUGUAGCCCUCGCUGACCACACUCAGGUGAUUUCGUCUUUAGGAAACGCCAUCAAAGAGAUGGAAACUCAAUCAGAAGAACUGAAAGAGCAACUCCGCCAGAAGACCUUGCAAUUGGAUGCCCUCCAGAACAGGCUGACGGUGGAGAAAGACGGCACCUUGGAGGAUUCAAUGUCCGGCGAGGAGCACGAUAAAAUGAGAGAACAGUUGGAGGGCGAGGUGAACCACCUGACGCAGCUCCUCCAAGAGGCCCUCAGGAAACAAGAUGAGAUGGCACUGGAGGCGGCUGAUGCUUGGCAAAAGGCGCGGGACAAUAGAGCAGAGCGGGAGGCCAUACAGGAGGUUCUGACGUCAAGGGAGAAGGAGAACCAGAGCCUGACCUCUAGGUUGGCUGAGUCCCAGGAUGCUGUGUGUCAGCUCAAGCAGCUGGUGGAGAACCACGUGGCCUCCGAGAGGGAGAAGAACAAGCGAAUAGACGACCUGUCCCGGGAAGUGGCCAAGCUAAAGGAUGCCUUAAAUAGCCUAUCACAACUCUCGUACAGCUCAGGGUCACCCGCCAAGAGACAGCAGCAGAACCAGCAGCUGGAAGCAUUGCAGCAACAAGUCAAACAACUGCAGUACCAGCUAGCCGAGUCCAAGAAACAGCACAAUGAGAUCGUGUCAGUCUACAGGAUGCACCUUCUCUAUGCUGUCCAGGGUCAGAUGGACGAGGAUGUGCAAAAAGCCUUGAAGCAAAUCUUGAUGAUGUGCAAGGUGCCAAAUCAAACCAAGGAGGCCUGCUGAGAUGCACUGAGCACGCUCCAAAGCCAACAAACCCAAAACAAACACACUGAAGUCAAGUGCUGCUGCCAACGUCCUGCGAGGCUGCAUGACAGCGUGCCUCUAGACUUACAAGGUCUACUUGCAAAGUCUCAGCUAGAAAAUGAUGACGAACCAAGAGACCCAACAUUCAUUAAAGUCAAUCGACAACCCCACUUCUUAUCUGUGCAUACGCAAAGUACAUUUUAAAUCUCACAUUGAUGCACGAAAGCAGCGAUUACAAUCUUGUUCUGUUACAUUGUGUAUAAAAAUUAAAGCCUUAUUGGUGCUGCCAUUUAUAGGGUCUAUUUUUGCAUGGGCUACAUCCAUGUUAUUUUUACUUACUGUCCAAUUGUUUAACACUUUCCUUGGUACAAUCUAAAUUAUUUUUGCCCUGAUAGCAAUGGAUGGGAGAUUGUGGCCACAUCUGCAUGAUGAUAUUUGUAUGUUUUUUUUUUUUUU